CCGCUAUUGUUAUCUUUGCUGUUAGGCCAUUUCAGGAUGUCUACAAUCUCUGCCAGUACACGCGGCAGUGAGUUGGCGGGGCUAGAGAAGGCGGUGCCGACACCACCAUCAUCUCCCGGGAACGCGCUGUAUAUGACCAUGACAGGAGCAAUUGGGGGGAUUGCAGGAUGUGCAGCCAAGACUGUGGUAGCGCCGUUGGAUCGAGUCCGGAUCCUGUUCCAGACCCAGCAUACGAAAUACGCGCACUACGCAAGCACCCGCUUUGGUAUGUUCAGGGCCGGCGCAUCGAUCUACCGUGAGUACGGCAUGCGCGGGCUGUUCCAAGGGUACUCCAUGCAGCUGGCACGUGUUUUUCCGUAUGCCGCGGUAGAGCUCAUGACAUACGAGCAGCUGAAGCGGCGGCUGGGCCAGCAUAUCGACGACAAGAACCUCAGAAAUUUCCUGGCAGGCUCGCUCUGUGGCGUCAUCUCAGUCGCAGUCUCGUACCCGCUGGACAUGGUGCGAGUGCGGAUGGCAUACAAUACUCCCGACGGAGCCCAGCAGCGACAGAGCAUCCUGCAGGUCAGAGGGCGUACAGGUUUGGGACUGUUCAAUUUCUUCCGCGGGUUCCCGCUGACGGUGGCUGGGAUUGUGCCCUACGGCGGGGUGUCGUUUUUGACGCGCGAGUAUCUUCGCGAGCUGGCGUGCACCCGGUUUGCACACAUUGCUGCUCUGCCGCCUGGCGAGCGCAAGAGGGCGGGUGGCCGCAGGCGCAAGAUGAAGGAGCUGAAGAGCUGGGCGGAGCUGACUGUCGGCGGGCUUACCGGUGUGUUUGCCCAGACUGCUAGCUACCCGUUUGAGCUUUUACGUCGCAAGAUGCAGGUUGCUGGUGCCCACGAUCCGAACAGUCGGGCCAGCGCAUUCAAGGUCGCCAGCGACCUCUGGCAUCAGUCGGGUGUCCGCGGUUUUUUUGUCGGACUAACAAUCGGGUACGUCAAGAUGGUGCCCAUGACUGCAGUGUUUUUCUUUACCUACGAGAAGCUCAAGGCCGUCUUUGAUUUGGAGUAGUAGAAAUAGAUGUAGUGUUGAGUAUUACCAGGAUGUAUUGGGAUAGAGUUCAUAGGGUUUGUGCAGGUGGCCUACUCGCGAGCAUGCUUCGGCAUGCCAGACUCAGUCAGCAGGGUCUCGGACUGAUCAAGCACACGCGGGCCAUCGCCGACCUCAGUGUGGAUGAGUCUGCGCACCGCACCAGCC